CAGUCCUCCAUUCAGAGGCGAGGGGUAGGCUAGGAGACAGCGCUUCAGUUUUCAGGCAAAGUGGAGCGCAGCGCACUGCAACAGACUGGAGCGCAUUCAUCCAAGGAAUACCGUUAGCUAACUCCGUAGAAACGGAGAAAUAUUUUGGAAUCGUGCAGGACAAAGGAAUUUACGAGACGAAUUAUAAAGUCCCUGUCUUUCUGGAGAGUGAGAAGAAAAUGAAUCGGAGUUUUAGUAAAACACGGUCCUUGCGGUACUUGACUUGUACUGCUGUCGAAGUUAAGAGCAAGUAUGGGGCGGAAUUCCGGCGGUUUUCUGUGGACCGAUCAAGACCUGGGAAAUUUGAGGAGUUUUACACUCUUGUCCUGACCUUGCACCAGCUGACCAACAUGGAAAUGAUGAUUGGCUAUGCGGAUGUCCAUGGUGACCUACUUCCCAUUAAUAAUGAUGAUAAUUUCUGCAAGGCUGUGACCAGUGCCCAUCCUCUGCUCAGAGUGUUCAUACAGAGACAAGAAGAAGUGGACUACAGUGACUUUGGUGGGAACACCCUGGCGCGGCGGAAGAAGGCGGCGGGGAUGCUGCGCAGCGAUGUGGCCCGCAAGCAGCCGCAGCUCCGCAUCGGCGUGCCCCAGGACUUCCGGCCCGUGUCGUCCAUCAUCGACGUGGACAUUCUGCCCAAGUCCCACCGCCGGGUGCGGCUGUACCGCCACGGCUCGGACAAGCCCCUGGGCUUCUACAUCCGGGACGGGACUAGCGUGCGGGUCACGCCCCACGGCCUGGAGAAGGUUCCGGGCAUCUUCAUCUCGCGCAUGGUGCCCGGCGGGCUGGCGGAGAGCACGGGCCUUCUGGCCGUCAAUGACGAGGUGCUGGAGGUCAAUGGCAUCGAGGUGAUGGGCAAGUCACUGGACCAGGUGACGGACAUGAUGAUCGCCAACAGCCACAACCUGAUCAUCACGGUUAAGCCGGUCAACCAGCGGAACAACAUCAUGCGAGGCAGCCGCAUGUCGGGCAGUUCAGGCCGGUCCACGGACAGCAGCGGCUCCGCUGGUCACCCGGGCCUGGGGGCGGGAUCUGGCAGGCUAGCGGUGGACGAGCUGGAGAGCGAGGAGGAGUCUGACAUCGUUAUCGAAAGAAGCCUCAAACAAUCGGCCCGGCGCUCUAGUGCGUCUACAGCCUCCAGCGUCUCCCGUGGCCAGAACCAAGCCCAGCGCAGCUCCCUCCACCGCCCGGCCUCAGCCGUCAUCAGCCGCAGCGCUUCCAUCCACUCCCAGUCUAGCCUCAACGGGACAGCCAAUGGCAGCCUGAGCUUUAAAUCGCACAGAGACCCUGCUUACAAAAGCAGCCCUGCCCUCAGAGAGAGCAACAAUAGCCUGCACCAGAUCCUCCACACGCUGCGGACAGACCCGCGACAUAGCCUGGCACUGCCUAGCGGGGGGGUGGAGGAGGAUGGCACUGUCAUCACGCUCUAGAACCCCCCCUCCCCAACCCCCAACCCCCAACACUCAUGACUGACUUUCCACAGACUGCUGUGUGAAUCUGGGGGAAAACAUCUGCACUUUUCUAAAUAACAGAAACACUUUUACAAACUUUGGCUAAUACAGGCUUUUUGUAUGUGUAAAUAUUUUGGUGUUCUAUGAAUUAUCUUUUUUAAACAAGUGGAUAUAUUUUUAACAGCGUUAUAUGCAUCUAGUAUGCAUCAUUUUAGUGCAUUGUAAUGUGAAAGGUAUUUUCACUCAUGUAAAAUGGGACCAACAAUCAGGGCCUGUUAAAGCAUUUACUUUUAUUCAUAUUUCUCAAAAGUUCUGUCAUUACUCUUGGUGGGUUCCUUUAUUAGGGCAUUUAAACAUAACAUUGGAAGUUAUGUAUGAACAUUUCAUAUCAUAAGUGUAUUUUAGUAUAAUGAGUAGUAGUCAGUGUUCCAGUGCUGUCAAAUACACUGGGCUGAAAAAUUUAGUCUUGUGGUGUGCGGUCCAUUACUGAAAUAAGGUUUCAUUCUCUGUUCCAGACUUAAAAGAUUCAUCUUUUUAAAUGAUAAAACAUACAGGAAUUCUGCUUUUGGAUCAUGCUUGUUUUUAAAUCAGACAGAAAAGCAAACUGUUUUCUCAGUAUUAUGGGGAAAGGGGGCCUCUUAACUCCUGACAGUUACCUGCAGUGUGUACCUUUGGGCUUCCUUAGCUGUGAAUUUACCAGGAGCCUAAUGAGAUUCAGGAGAAAUAUGUUUCUGUUGUAAGUUUCUGACUACAAGUGAAACUGAAACAAUCUCAUACAAGCUGUAUGGUGUAGGUACAAAUCCAGUCCUACAUAUUUGCAUGGCUUAUUGAGAUAAUGUCACUUUUUAUUGCUGUAGUUUUUAAUGAGCACAAUUUGACUCAGAUUGGUGGCCUGUCCAGGGUAUAUUUCUGUCUUUUGCCCAAUGCAUGCUGGGAUAUGCUCCAGCACCCCCAGCAACCCUGCCCUGGAUAAGCGGGUAUAGAUAAUGGAUGGAUGGAUAAUUUGACUCAAACAAAGGGAUAAACUUCCAGUUUGAGGCAAAUAUUGUGUCCUUUUAAAAACUCAUUAAUUCACAGCAAGAUGGCAAUGUUCAAUUUAAUUAACCACAGACCAGAGUUGUAUUCAGUAAUGUGGAUAGUGGUCUUAAAUGAUAUUCAAAAAGCCAUACAGUGUUUGGAGGUAUUGUCUGUGUUUUAAAGGAGCAAUUUCCAGAUAUGCAGAAAUGCAGAAAGUUCCUUUAAAUGUCUUUUUUAAAAGCAAAUAAAAAUGUUCCAGUUCCA